GUCAGGUUAGGUUUUUUUUUCCAGCAUUUGGCCCAGUGAGCGCAGCUGAUUCCGGGCUGGCUCCAGCUGCUCCCGGUCAGGUUAGGUUUGCACUAAGUCCAAACCUCCAGCCUCCCCACCCACCCUCGCCUCUCACGCUGGCCCGCACACAGUGCAGCUGCUCCCGGUCAGGUUAGGGUUUUUUUUCCAGCAUUUGGCCCAGUGGGUGCAGCUUAUUGGCAACAGCUGCAGCCAGUUAACAAUCAGCUCCUGCCUCUAUAUAAAUCGGCUCCUCCUCCMAGCAGAAUCACUCUGGGGACAGGCUGCGAGAAGAUGGCACCUGCGGCAGCUGCUCGUUGUCCGCUCUGCGUCGGAUGGUUUAGAGCCAUGGCGAGCCACCUCAGGCGGGCACACUGUGUGCAGAACCUCCACAAAAGGAAGCUGCUUUCGAACUUAGCCUUCGGGAGAAUGAACGUGAGGGACCUCGCCUGCCCCGUCCACGGCUGCACAUACAGGGAGGGACGCCUGGACAGACACAUCCUGCAGGGCCACGUGGAGCUGACCGAGGAGGACAGGCGGGCUCGGCUGCGUCUGGUGAGGCGAAAAUGCACCCGUCACAUGAUUAGGCAGCUCGGGUUAAAACAAGCCAGCCCGCUGUUGGUCUCGGACCUGCACGUGGAGGAGCCCGGCGGGGAAAGGCUGUCGGCCAUUUCGGUGCCGCCCGACGGGGAAAGGCGGGGCUCCCUCUCCAGCGUGGAAGGCGAGGACCAGGCAGACGGGGGCCACCCAGGGGAGGUCCAGGCAGACGGGGGCCACCCAGGGGAGGUCCAGGCAGACGGGGGCCACCCAGGCCAGGACCAGGCAGACGGGGGCCACCCAGACGAGGACCAGGCAGACGGGGGCCACCCAGGCCAGGACCAGGCAGACGGGGGCCACCCAGACAAGGACCAGGCAGACGGGGGCCAUCCAGGCCAGGACCAGGCAGACGGGGGCGACCCGGGCACGACCACACCCCAGGACGGACCGCUCCCUUCCCAGCAGCUGCUUCCCUUGCCAGGACCGGUGGCACGCUUUCUGCGGGGCUUCAGGAVGUUUCACAUGGGCGGGCGGCCGAGCAACAAACACUACCAGAACGCGGUGUCCAAAGCCAACAGGGUCCAYGUCUUCCUGGCUUACAUGUCCGAGGGGGCCGGCGAAAGGAGAACUGGCUGUUCCUGGACGACGUCGAGCGCAUUCAGCGGUGGCCCGCGGAGCUGGCCAAAGCCGACAAGGCGGUCACCACGGUCAACACGUACCUGGAAAAACGUCCACCAGUUCAUGCAGUACUUCAUGGAAACCCCGCCGGUGCCCUGCGGUCUGACGAAGAGCCAGCAGGCUGGUGUGGCCCGAGCCCUGAAGAGCUGCCUCCGGGACCUGGCCAGGGAAGUGGUCGUGCACCAGAUCUCCGUGAAGGAAGCCAAAGUCUCCAGGGCCAUAACGCAGCAACACCUCACCGCCUGCAAGCAGCUGGCCGCCCGCAGGAUACCAGAGUUGCUGGACAUGCUGGAGGUCAAAGACACCCCACCCGUGAGGCACCUGUUUCACGGUUACGCGGCCACCUUUGUGUCCUCCAUCUACGGACACAGGACCGGCGUGAUAGCCAACAUGAGGGUGGAAGAGCUCGAGGCGGCGAGAGGCGCAUCUCCGGAGGGAAGCCACGGCGUCGUCAUCAACGUCAGGGAGCACAAGACGAACCGGGCGUUCGGGAUGGCCCAGAUCUACCUGACCCGGGACGAGUUUGUCUGGCUGGAGCGGUGGAUGCGUCUCCGAGACCGACUGGAGCCCAGCGACGACCGCGUCUUCACCACGGGGACCCCGGCCAACGGGAAGACCCUCCUGCAGUUCCUCCGGCUGGCGUGGGGAGAGAUGAGCUUGCCCGGACGCCCGACCUUCACCGACAUCAGGACCUCGGUCGCCACUCACGCCAGGAACUGCCACAGUCCGGAGGUCCGGCACAAACUCUCGCACUUCAUGUGCCACGACACCUGCACGGCCGACCGGUUCUACGCCCUGCACCUCUCCCGAGACCAGUCCAAAGACAUGCGGGAGCUUUUCGAAGCAGCCUGCAGGCCCCACCCGUGUGAACCACCGGCAUCAAAUUAAAAAUAAAGUUGUUUAAAUUUGCA